UUCUCAGAGAGGCAGAAGUGGGACUGGCGGCGGGCGGCAUGGCGGGGCUGGAGCUCCUGUCGGACCAAGGCUACCGCGUGGACGGGCGGCGCGCCGGGGAGCUGCGCAAGAUCCAGGCGCGAAUGGGCGUGUUCGCGCAGGCCGACGGCUCGGCCUACAUCGAGCAGGGCAACACCAAGGCGCUAGCAGUGGUCUACGGGCCGCACGAGGCGAGUGGCUGUGCGUGCGCGAGCAGGGCGGCUCCGGCGGCGGGCGGAGGAAUCGGGCGGCAGCCGCUCUGCGGGGUGCGCGGGGCCGCCAGACUGAGCAAGGCUCGGGAGGCGACGGACAUGCCCAGGGCCGCUGCUCACUCGGACUAAAAGCCGAAGUCCUUGCUGUGAUGCACGGUGGUCCCUGCCUUUCUCGUCGGCCCCUGUCCCCUGCGCUCUCCACUCUUUGCUGUUCCUCAAAGCGCCAGGCGCGCUCCCACUCGCUCCCUACCUCUCAGCUCUCUACUCCGACAUCACCGUCCGGAUGACGCCUCCCCAGACCCACCUUAUCUACGUGAUCCGGGGCUCACGGGCACGAGCCCUGCCAGACAGGGCACUGGUGAACUGUCAGUACAGUUCUGCCACCUUCAGCACAGGUGAGCGCAAGCGGCGGCCACAUGGGGACCGGAAGUCCUGCGAGAUGGGCCUACAGCUGCGUCAGACCUUCGAGGCAGCCAUCCUUACACAGCUGCAUCCACGCUCCCAGAUUGAUAUUUACGUGCAGGUGCUGCAGGCAGAUGGUGGGACCUACGCGGCUUGUGUGAAUGCAGCCACGCUGGCAGUUAUGGACGCUGGGAUCCCCAUGCGGGACUUUGUGUGUGCCUGCUCAGCUGGCUUUGUGGACGGCACAGCCCUGGCAGACCUCAGCCACGUGGAGGAAGCAGCUGGUGGCCCCCAGCUGGCCCUGGCCCUGCUGCCGGCCUCAGGCCAGAUUGCACUGCUUGAGAUGGACGCCAGGCUGCAUGAGGACCACCUGGAGCAGGUGUUAGAGGCUGCUGCCCGGGCCGCCCGUGAUGUGCACACCCUGCUGGACCGUGUGGUCCGGCAGCAUGUACAUGAGGCCUCCAUCUUGCUGGGGGACUGAGCACCCCGCCCCCCAUGCCCAGAAUAAAAUCCACACAGUCCACUGUA